AUGUACACAUUAAGUAAUGGAAAUCAGUUCCCUUUAAUUGGUUUGGGAACUUAUCUAAUAAGAGGGUCAGAUACAAUUAAAAAAGUCAUUGAUGCAGGACUUGAUGCUGGAUAUAGGUCUAUCGACACAGCAGCUGUGUAUGGAAACGAAGAAGAAAUAGGAAAUGCUUUGAUUGAGCUUUUGCCCAAGUAUAACUUGACUCGUAGUGAUAUUUAUAUAACUUCAAAACUGGCACCUCAUGAUCAGGGAAAAAACAAAGCAAAAAAUGCUGCAUUGAGUUCGAUAGAAAAAUUAAAGACCACAUAUAUUGAUCUGUAUUUAAUUCACUGGCCUGGUGCUGAGGGAGUAGAUGUAAAAUCAAAUUUGAAUAGCAAAUUAAGAAGGGAAUCAUGGUUUGAAUUAACAGAACUUUAUAAUAAGGGUUUUAUUAAAAAUUUAGGAGUAAGCAAUUACACUACAGAUCACUUAAAAGAAUUACUUGCUGAUUGUAAUGGUGUAGUACCUGUUGUGAACCAAGUUGAAUAUCAUCCACUGUAUAAACAACUUGAUCUAAUUGAAUUUUGCAAUAAUGAAAAAAUUUUACUUCAAGCUUACAGUAGUCUAGGAGGAGCUAGAAAAACAAAUUUGUUAUUGAAAAAUUCUGUUGUUUUGGACAUCAGCAAAAAAAUAAAUAAAAGUAGUGCACAAGUGCUAUUAAAGUGGGCAUUGCAGCAUGGUUUUGCUAUUAUUCCAAAAUCGGUGAAUCCUGAAAGAAUAAGAGAAAACAUUGAUUUAAAUUUUGAAUUAAGUAAUGAAGAUAUACAAUUGUUAGAUUCAAUCAAGGCAAAUGAAAAAUUUUCCUGGGAUCCAAAUGUUGUAAAAUAA